GAUUGCAUCGAGUGAGGUUGGGCACGGAGUUAUAUACGUUGAUGUUCCAGCGAAUUUCAAUGAAUUAGGUGAAGCUUUCGGAAAAGCCAUUAAUUUUGCAUUUGAGGAACGGAUUUCUUUUACGAAACAGCUAAUACGAAAAAUAUUAGGAGAAACUAAUGAUACACCUAAGAUUUCUGAAUGGGAGAGAGCUCUAAAGGCUUUUAAACGUGCCUCUGCAGUGUACAAAGCAAAGAAUGGAAAACCACCGGUCAUUGUUUAUGAUAAUAUUAGCCGAUUGGUUCACAAAAAUCCGGAAAUCCUCGACAUCCUCCAGGACGAUGCAAAGGAUAAUGCUGAUGACAGAAAGUACAUCGCUGUAUUUGUUAGCAGUCAAGGUUCGGUGCCUAGAAGAAUGGAAUCACGUAGUGCCUGGUCACGAGCAGAUAAACCG